AUGUCAAUAUAUAUUGUUUUUGAAGAACCCAAGGAGCUUGGAAAAAGGACAAUAAAACCUGGAAUUGCUCAAAAGUCACCAUACACUACGAAGUUUGGGUCAGCUGAAGGAGAGAGUACACGUAUAAAGAGAGUAAAGCCAGACACUCCCACAACACCAAAACACUCUCAACCUUCUUUUGAUUUAGGGAUAUCACAUUUGGAAGCUCCAUUGCUUGUCUCCCCACUUCAAGCAGUCCAACAACUUGAAGAAAUCUCACCAUUUCAACAAGUUCCAUUGCUUGUCUACCCACUUCAAGCAGCUCCACCACUGAAACAAGCCUCGCCAUUUCAGCAAGCCUCAACUUUAGAAGAUGAACAAAACAUAAUAAAUCACCCAUUUACAGAUGAGAUCGACAAACCACCAGCACUAACAUUAUGUAAGGAUUUUGCAAAGUGGCUAGAAGAAGGUUUCGAUGAACGAAAAGGGACAUAUGUAGAAAAGGAAGCGAUUGAUCCACCAUUUAACUUUGUGGAAGAUGUUGUGAAGCACAAAAUGUGGUUCUAUGAUAUAUGGUCGCCGAUAAAAUGUAUCAGUGAUUAUCAUAUGGAUGUUGUGUUCUAUUAUUUGCGUAAAAAAUUUAGACAUAAUAACACAAGGUGCACAACAAUGGAUGCCAUAUGUGAUCGCUACAUCAACAAAGCUUGGGAGACAUAUAUCAACAAUCCAAGCGAACAGUUCUCUUGGGAAAAAAAGCCUUAUGCUUACCUACUGAAUUGUGCAAAUGGGAAGAAAAUGAGAAUUCCUACACCAUGGAUUAAUGUGGACUUUAUCUACAACCCUGUUUACAUACGCGAUAUGUACCAUUGGGUGCUUGUUGAAAUCGUCUUGAAGAGCAAAAAGAUUAAAAUAUAUGAUAGCAUGGCUGGGAAAGGGCACAAGAAGAAUGUCAUGACAGUUGUAACUGCAUACUCAAUGAUGAUACCCAUGCUUCUACAAUCUAUAAAUUUUUACAAGGAAAUGAAAAAUAUUGAAGAAGGAGAUUUUGAUAUGGAAUUUGUGGAAGACUUGGAAGUUCAACAAAAUGGAUUUGAUUGUGGAAUGUUUGUCAUCAAGAGAGCUGAAGCUUUGAUGUCGAACAAUAGUUUAAAAGAUAUCACAAACCAAAAAAUGCGAUUCUUUCGUGAAAAGUUAGCUAUGGAGCUUUAUGCUUGGGGAAAGGAAAAACAGAGGAGAAAUACUGAUAGCGAUACAGAAAUGGUUUUGUAAACUUACCACAUACGAACAACUUUUUUUUU